AUGGCACACGUUACAUGUUGUCAAAUUCGAGAAAAAAGUUCAAAUGAACUCGAAAAUAUAUUAAAUAAUUUACAUGAAGAAUUAAAUACAUUAAAAAUACAAAGACAAAAUUUCAAUAAAAUUGAAAAUAUUCGAAAAUCUAUUUCACAUGUACAUAUUGUUCAAAAUCAAACAACAAAAGAUAAUUUAAGAGAAUUCUAUCAUGGUGAAAAAUAUAAACCAAAAGAUUUAAGACCAAAACAAACACGAGCAAUGAGACGAUUAUUAACACCUAAAGAAGAAUCAAUAAGUUUAACUAAAACACAAAAAAAGAAAUUGGCUUUUCCAAAACGUACAUAUAGUGUUAAAGAUUAA